GCUCGGUGCAGGGUGCUGCAACUGGAGGUGGUGACUGACAUCGAGUCCCGAGGAGGCUGCAGCGGCAGAGGACGGAACCAGCCUCACCCCUCCUCUGUCACCGAAUGUCCUCCACUCAAAGCAGAGUGCCAGCCCCCUGUCUCCUCCCCGGCAGAGCCUCGGGAUCUGGCUCUGGGCGGCGGUUCCACCAGGACCGGAUCCAGAACGGAGCUUUUGGCACCAUGAACCCAGCCAUCGGCAUCGCCCUCCUGCUGGCAGUCUUGCAGGUGUCCCAAGGGCAGAAGGUGACCAGUCUAACAGCCUGCCUGGUGAACCAGCACCUCCGUCUAGACUGCCGCCAUGAAAACACCACCACUUUGCCUGUCCAGUACGAGUUCAGCCUGACCCGUGAAAAAAAGAAGCAUGUGCUCUUUGGCACCAUGGGGGUGCCUGAGCAUGCUUACCGCGCCCGGACCAACCUGACCAGUAAUUACAACAUCAAGGUUCUCUAUUUAGCCAACUUCACCUACAAGGACGAGGGGACCUACACAUGCGAACUCCGCAUCUCUGGUCAGCAAUCCGCCCCCAACUACAGGAAUGUCUCUGUGCUCAGAGACAAACUGGUCAAGUGUGAAGGCAUAAGCCUUCUGGCGCAGAAUACCUCGUGGCUGCUCCUCCUCCUGCUCUCGCUCUCCCUCCUCCAGGCCACAGAUUUCAUUUCCCUGUGACUGGAUGGGCCCGUGGAGGACACAGGAAGCCUCAAGGCCCAGGGCAGAGAUCCUGCUUCUCUGAGCUGGCUCACCCCCUCCCCAAACCCUCACACAGACUGGGGAGCAAAAGAGACCCCACUUCCUGUAAAGAGCCCCAGUGCUGCAUGCAAUCCUCUCCCUACUUCACCCUCUGCACACCACUGGCUAUCUUUUUGUACCCUGUUCCAGAGCUGCUUCUGUUUUAUUUAGGGGAUCUCCUUCCUUUUCUUUGGGAGUGUGUGACAAGGGAAGCCAGGAUAGAGGACCUGUCGGAGAGUGAGGGUAUGUGACGGGAAGUGCAGGUACCAGUCCCUGGGGAUGACCAUCUUUGGCUCCUGGGACCAGAAGCCUGGGAGAUACCUGGAGGAGGAGGGACUGGUGUGUCUUGGCCAAACCCAGAUGUGCUCUGUGUUGAGACCUUCCCAGCAGGCAAAGGUGCCACCUGCAGACCCCAGGUAUGAGGGCUCCCUGAGCAUGUGUGACUCGUCACAUGAGGGUGGGAAACGAGCGUCUCUAGGCGCAUUCUCAGCCACAGUAGAAAAACUCCCUCUUGCCACUGUUCAAGCCCCCUAGGGCUUUGGGCCAGGGGUGCUGCCCACUGACAAUGCGGAUGCAGUGGGAAGCACAGGCACUAAUACAGGGUUGGGGGACGGGUAGAAGGCGACAUCAGCUCCACCCACCUAAGGAAGCUGAAAAGGUGAGCCUGCUGUCCUUCACUGCAGCCUCACCAGUUGAGAGGGUGACAGAGGAAGACAAUGCCCCCCAGCUGUCCCAAGCUCCCACGAGCCCUGCCCCACAGGCUCAGAAUCAAGGGGAACCCAGAGCCCCACAGUUGGGAUCGAGUUUCCAAGGGAGGCUCUUUCUUACCCAUCACCCCCAGCCUCUGGCAGUGGGGUCCUGAGGUCCCAGACAGUCCCUGCCUCACAGGCCUGUCUCCUCAGAGACCUCAGGAGGCCUGAGGCAGGCCCUGGAGUGACACCUGGGUGGCAAUCCUCGGGAGAUGGUGUUUCCCAAUACCCAACCCCACCCCCGGUGGUUCUGCCCGUCCUGUAACUGUGUAGCACCACCACAGCUACUGGCAUCUCAUUGAGGAAAAAAAACUGCACAAUAAAACCCAGCCUCUGGAGUCUA